AUGUCUGCGCUCGACGAUGCUGGUACCUCUGAAAAGCAAGAGCCACAGACAGAGGUCAAAGAUCCAGAGAACGCCGAUACACUGCUAGAGGCAGAGGAAGAUGAGAAAGAGGACGAGAAUCAAAAGGAGCAAGAGACAGAUGAGCCAAAGACAGAGAAUCCAGAAGAUUUCCCC